AUGCCCGGUAGCACAAAGAGCGACACCAAAUUAGAGAACGAAAUCCGAGUAAGCUACAAAAGUGAUGCUCUAGAUUACGUCUACAAAGCUAUUGUUCUGUUUGAAACGCACGAUGACGUGAUUUUGUCCGGUGUCGGCAAGGCCAUCACCUCGGUGGUCAACGUUGCAGAGAUGGUCAAGAGAAGGGCCAAGGGAAUACAUCAGUGUACCAAGAUUUACGAGAAGGAGCACACCAUCAAGAGAGAAGACCCAGUUGCCGCAAAGAAGGAUGACAAGGAGGAGGAGAAAAAGUCCGGGGAAGGAGAACCCGAAGAGGGUGAAGAAAACGAUAAGAAUAAGGAAACGGAAAAUAGAAUAAUUGAAUUCAGAACCACCGUCCCCUGCAUAAAAAUUAUUUUAACAAAAAAUGAUACAAACGUGGACAAUAAGGACGUAGGCUACCAAGCACCUUUAGAUGAUAAGGACGUGAAUGUCAUGACUCCUGAUCAAAUACUAAAGGAAAAGUCCUACAGGCGAAAAUAUAGGACAGGUCGAGGCGGAGACAGAUUCAGAUCGUCUUACCGCAGGAAUUACUAUGAGACGCCCAUGUGGAACAACAGAAGAUUUGAAAAGAGAAAUUAA